ACGGACCCCCCUGCCGGGGGCGGCCCCAUCCGCGGCCCGUCCCGCCCUGCCCCGUCCCGUCCCGCCGCCCGUGGGUGAGUCACGCCGGAGUGGGGGAAUGCCGGCGCGGCGCGGAGCGGCUGAGGACGGGCAGUGCCGAGCCAUGGUCCCGACGCUCGUCCUCCUCCGCCUGCUGGGGCUGCUGCUGCUCCUCGGCCACGGUGUCUCUAGUGGGCCAGAAGAGGAGCUGGCCCAUGUCGAGCAGUAUGAGAUGGUGAUGCCACGCAGGGUGCUGGAGUCCCGGGGGAAGAAAAACCUCUCUGCAUCACCUAGCACCUACCUGGACCAUGUCCUCUACAGCAUCCAAGCUGAAGGCAGGGACUACCUUCUGCACCUAGAGAAGAACAGGGAGCUACUGGGACAGCAUUACACUGAAACACACUACUUGGCUGAUGGCACAGAGAUCACAGAGAAGCCAGAUGUCCAGGAUCACUGCUUUUAUCAAGGCCAUGUUGUGGGGUACACAGACUCCGCAGCAAGCAUCAGCAUCUGUGGCGGGCUCAGUGGCUUUUUCCAAGUGAAUGAGACCACCUUCCUGCUGAAGCCUCUGGAGGAGGACAAGGCCGGCUGGCAUGCGGUGUACAGAGCUGCCCACCUCAGGACAAAGCGCGGCAUGUGCCGAGAGGCCGGUGACACCCUGGAGUAUGACCACGACCCUAAAGUUGCUGCACCCAUGAAGCUCUAUCACUGGAAAUCAGCCCAGUUACACAAAGGGCCCCGAUACGUGGAGCUUGUCCUGGUUGUGGACAAUGAAGAGUUCAGAAAAUACAAGGACUUGCGCAGGGUGCAGAACCGCAUGAAGGAAAUUGUGAACCAUGUUGACAAGCUUUACCAGCCUCUGGGCCUGCGUGUGGCCUUGAUUGGCUUGGAGGUGUGGAGCAACAGGGACAAAAUCACCAUCAGUCGCAAUGCAGAGGUAACACUGGAGAAUUUCCUCCGUUGGCGGGAGAUGGAUCUGCUGAAGAGGAAGCAGCACGACAAUGCCCAGCUGAUCACUGGUGUAGACUUCCAUGACACGACCGUAGGGCUGGCAAAGAAGCUUGCGAUGUGCACCAGGGACUCAGGCGGUGUCAAUCAGGACCACAGCAUGGAUCCUAUUGGUGCUGCAUCCACCAUGGCUCAUGAGAUGGGACACAACCUAGGGAUGUCGCAUGAUGAAGAUAUUGCUGGCUGCCACUGUCCUGUCAUCAAAGAUCAAGGAGGAUGUGUUAUGGCAGCAAAGAUCAGCCUGACUUAUCCCAAGCUCUUCAGCAGCUGCAGUGAGCAGGACAUGUGGCAGUUCCUCAAGGACCCCAGGACCAGCUGCUUGCUGAAUGUCCCCCGGGCAGAUGAGCUGUACGGGGAGCCAGUGUGUGGGAACCGUUUUGUAGAGCGGGGAGAGCAGUGCGACUGCGGCAGGCCAGAGGAGUGCUUUGAUCGCUGCUGCAACGCCACCACUUGCCAGCUGAGAGAGGAGGCCAAGUGCGCACAAGGUGACUGCUGCCAGGACUGCAAGGUGAAGGCUGCUGGCACAAUGUGCCGGGCCAGCAAGAAUGACUGUGACCUUCCUGAGCACUGCACCGGCCUCAGCUCCGAGUGCCCAGAGGAUGUCUUCCAGGAAAACGGCAUCCCCUGCCAGAGUGGCAAUGGAUACUGCUACAACGGGGCCUGCCCCUCACAUGCUGAGCAGUGCCGUGUGCUCUGGGGCGCAGCAGCCCGAGUAGCUCCUGAUGAAUGCUUUAAUCAGAACAGCAGGCAAGACCUCAAACUCCACUGCCUGACAGAGUCUGGGAAGAAGCCCUGCAGCCCCAAGGAUGUGAAGUGCGGCACACUGCUGUGUGUGAGUGACAACACCAGCCCUGUCCUUGGCAGUGGCUUCUUCACCCUCUCCUUUGGCCAAUUCAAGUGCAAAGCAGCCCUCGACAGCAACGAUGGCAAUGAGAUGGUGGGUAACCUCAGGCUGGUGCCCACUGGAACCAAGUGUGGGGAGGAGAUGGUCUGCUAUGCUGGGCGCUGCCAGAACCUUCUGAUCUAUGGCAAGAAGAACUGCUCAGCAAAGUGUAACAGCCACGGGGUGUGCAAUCACAAGCGGGAGUGCCACUGUGAGCCAGGGUGGGCACCACCAUACUGCCAGCACAAGGUUUUGGAGCUCACACCAGGGGGCAGUAGCAUGAUCCUGGCUGCUGUGCUCUCUGUGCUGGCACUCUCCAGCAUCCUGCUAGGCGGAGGUGUUGUCCUGCUCAGAGGCAGAGGGAUGAGGUACUUCCAGAAGGGUCCUUUGCCUCACAGGACCUCCAGCAGAACCACCGCUGGCCUCACCAACCCGGUCUUUCAGGAGGGGAGCCGGCUGCAGCCCCCCAGCAGCCAGCUGUCCCACCAUGACAUCAGCAGCCCCAAUCUGCUCAGCACCACAGCGGCCCCACGCAGCACCCGGCCCCUCGUGCCCAGCUGCCCGGUCCCGCAGGUCCCUUCCCGGCACCCAGAAGGACUCAAGUCUCUCCUCUCCUGUCCCCAGGAGAGGCCAAAGCCACCCAGGAAGCCUCUGCCAGCCCUAAAGAGCAAGGAGCUCUGCGGUGUGGUAGCAGGAGCACCGUCACCAUCACCACCAGUGCCUCCCACUAAGCCUCUGACCCUCUCGUCUCAGCCGUGCACAUCCCUGGUCCUGCCCCAGGUGAGCUGUGCCCAGUGCCCCCCAAUACCCAGUGUCACUUCUGUCCCCUACCAGUAGCAAGAGGCCCCAUGGGGACCUUGCUGCCCCCCUCCCCCCAACACACCCUCGUUGUUGCAGCUGGACAUCCCCCCUAAGGCGGCCCUGAAGCCGACAGCAGCCAGGUGACCUGGGACGUGUCCGUCACUGUGGCAGAGGAGGUGUGGGUGCUGGCACUUUGGCAGGAUGGCUGAGGGCCGCUGCGUCUUGUGUCACCGGUACUUGAAUCGCUUGCUGGACCUCCUCAGACAGCAUCUAUGUUUACAGAUAUUUGAGUUGUGCCUUAACAGACUUUGUAGCUUUAUGAAUUGCACAGACAGCCUUGAGCUGGGGGCUCAGUGUCAGAGGGAGAUCAGCAGCAGGGACAAUGCUGACACCACUGUCCCUCCAGGACACUCCUCCCCCCCAAACAAUGCCCGUUUUUCUUCCCCAAGCCUCUCUUGGUGCCACUGAUGGGACAGCUCUGAUUUGGAGGCCAGCCUGGCUUGUUACAGGCUGUUCUGUGCUCUGGGUGCUGCUGCCUUCUCCCUACACGUAGUGAAUGUGUCCUGUUCCUCACAUCCAAUCCCUGUUGAGGCCACAGUAAGGAGCUCCUGGCCCUAAGCACACUGGGGUGGCACAAUAGGGAUGCUGUGUAGACCUGACACUACAGCCAGGGCCAGAUGCACCACACAUCUUGCCAGGGGUUCUGACAGGUCUGAGCUAGGCUUGACUUCACUGUGGUGUCCCUCCCCACCAGGUUUUUAGCUCUGAAAUUACCACUCAAGUUACUGAUCUCUUGAAAUGAGAUUUCCCAUGUGCAUUUUUACUGUGGCCAUUAAUUUGAUUACACUAUCAAUUUGAGCCAGUUGUUGUGAAAUUGAUCCUCCCCAUUUUUUUACAUGAUUUAGGUUGAAGACUUUUAUACAAAUAAAGACUGAAGAUGAUGGCUUGGUGUGUCACAUCAUAGGUUUGGGGCAGGAGGGGGAACGUAUGAUGCACCACAUUGAACCAGAGCCAUGUGAGGACAGCUCUGGGCUGCAGGGCUUGGUGCUAGUUGUGCUUGGCAAGGUGUGGAUGGUGGGCAAGCUGGAGCUGAAUUGCAUCCUGUGCCAGAGGUGCAGGGACCAAGUACUUUCUCCCAGUUGCAGGCAGUUAGAACAGCACAGCGGUCAAAAGAGAAGUCCAUGGGUUCCUUACAUCUCUGCCCAAGGACCCUGCCCCUGGGCAAGGUCCCAUGCUAAAUCCAUGUGAAUCACAUGGCUGCAGCAUGCGUGGCACCCAGCUCCCUCCCCAGGCUCUAGGGGUGGAGGGUAGAGACAGAACAAGCUGUAAAUACCAUGUUCACUGCGCAGUUUCACCAUCCUGUGGUUCUCUUUGAGCUUGGCAAAGCUUGGGAUGCUUGAGGGGCUUCCAGUGUUGCAGUCAACAGGAGACGCACUAGAAGCAGCAUUACUGCUGUGUGAGCAGCAAAAAGUGACACCAGCUCUAAGACACACAAAGCCACCAAAGAAAUGGUAACAAAAUAGUUUUAUUGUUUUUAUAUAAAAACAAACAAACAAAAACCAAAACACAACACUGUGCAUGUAAACUUGAACAUAUGUAUAGUGCUUUUUAUAAACAAGGUGCUGAUCCAGGAGCAA